AUGGCUGAGCUCCAGUUCCCAUUCACCUUCGCCGCCGACCCCAACACGGAUCUGUGGAAGAAGCCUCCCAGCCACGACGCAAAGAACGCCCCCGUCCGCCCCCUCAGCAAGGCCCCCCUCGCCCAGUUCCAAUCCGCCUCCGUCUCCUUCACCUGCCCCUACACGGUCCAGUUCGACCAGGCCGGCCUCGUCCUCCGCCUCUCCCACGCCGCCUCCAGCGCGACCAAGUGGAUCAAGACCGGCGUCGAGUUCUUCAACGGCGUGCCCCGCCUCUCCGUCGUCUGCUGCGACAACUACUCCGACUGGAGCGUCACCACCCUGCCCGACGCCGGCGGUGACGUCGUCGCGGGUAAGAAGAGCAUCACCGUCCGCGUGGAGCGCGACGGCGUCACCCUCUGGGUGUACUGGGUCAACGGCGACGAGAAGGUCGCCCUGAGGGAGAUCGCCUGGGUCUACGGGCCCGACGGCGCCGGCGAGGGAUGGGAGCUCGAGGUCGGCGCCCUGGUCGCCCGGCCCAACCCAGAGGCCAAGGAUCAGCUCGUAGCUACUUUCCAGAACCUCGAGGUCGCGUGGGCCAAGCAGUAG